CUAUGCUCCAUCGAAGUGACCUGUGAGAGCGCCAGCGUCAUGGCGGCCACCUUGGCCAACGGCGGCUUCUGUCCAAUCACGGGCGAGCGCGUGCUGAGCCCGGAGGCAGUGCGUGACACACUGAGCCUCAUGCACUCCUGCGGCAUGUAUGACUUCUCUGGCCAGUUCGCCUUCCACGUGAGUAUACUGUACCUCGCCAUAUUCCACAGUGGCUAUUCCUUGUCUCCCAUCCUUUAUCUGCUCUGACAAAAAUAACUUUAACCUGGCCUGUGUUUUCAGAAAAGUGCAAAUGGAAGAGAGUAGACAAGAAAAGGAAGCAAUUUUACACUAUUCAAAUCAAAUCAAACUGUAUUUGUCACAUGCACCGAAUACAACAGGUGUAGACCUUUACGUGAAAUGCUUACUUACAAGCCCUUAACCAACAAGGCAUUUUUAACUAAAUUCAGUUAAGAAAAUAUUUACUAAAUAAUCUAAAGUGAAAAAUAGUAAAAAUAACAAUAACGAGGCUAUAUACAGGGGGUACCGGUACCGAGUCAAUGUGCGGGGGUACAGGUUAGUCAAGGUAAUUUGUACAUAGGGGUAGGGGUAUUGAGAUGCACCCAGAGUGUCAGACCACCACAUUGACUUUUGUGGUCCAGUCAAAGCACAGCUUAUUAUGCCCAAUAUUGCCACUCUGACAGAUUCUGCCUUUUCCUUCCCCCUCCUGCCCAAUACGGCCCUUUUCAGUCCCAUCCAGCCGGUCUCUGCCCCACAAUGUCCUCAAUUGCCCUCCACUGGGCUCCAGUCCCUCCAGUCGCUGUCCUUGCCAGAACAAACCAGGCCAAUGGUCUACCAAUUGCCCCCAUGGAGGAUUAUCCAAUCAGAUGUUACGCGAUUAUCCAGUCAAGUAUUCCCACGCAAAAUAGAGACACGUGAUUGUAUACAAAUGUAAACAAGGUUUGAAAUGAUUAUGUUUUAGUCAAAUAUUAUAUCUGUUUGGGCUUCUUGCGGUCAAUUUGCAAUCUACAAAUUAUUUGUAAUUAUGUUCCGGCCCCCAGACCAUCCGCUCAAGAAAAAAUCUGCCCUGCGGCUGAAUCUAGUUGAUGAUCCCUGCUGUAGGUCCUAUGCUUUCUUUCAUUGCUUUCACUCUGUGUGUCUGUCUCUCACUCACUCUUAGUGUGUAUAAAGCCCUGGGCCUGUAUUCACCACGAGUCUCAGAGUAGAAGUGCUGAUAUUGGAUCAGUUUUGUCUUAGAUCAUAAUUAAUAAGAUUAUAUGGACAAAGGGGAGCUGAUCCUAGAUAAGGAACUUUUUACAUUUUGGGCCCUGAUGUCCACAGAGUUGUGGGUAACCUCUCCCUGUGUCUUUGUGUCUCUAGGUGGGCUUGCCAGCCAAGUCGGGCGUGGCAGGGGGCAUCCUACUGGUGGUGCCCAACGUCAUGGGCAUCAUGUGCUGGUCUCCUCCACUGGACAAGCUGGGCAACAGUGUCCGAGGCAUUCAGUUCUGCACGGUACGGGGACACACUGACACCUGCGAAUAGACAUGCACUCAAUCCCCCCCACACACAUAUUACCACUACCACCCUCACACAUGAUCAUAUUUCUGCAUCUUAUUAUCUCUCGCCCUCUCUCCUCUCCCGCUCUCUGAGCCAUAUUCUGAGCCGCCACGGCAUAUGAAUCCUUCUACCAUGAGAAAUGAGCUCUUCUAGCCGAGCUACUCCUCCUAAAGCAUCUGCGAUUUACAUACCUUUUGCUCUGACAAGGCCUCACAGACACAUCUUAUUUAGUGCAUUGCCCGGCCCAUUAUAGCUUCUUGUCAUCUCUUUCUUCUCCCCCCCUAGUAAUUUUUCUCUUCCCCGCCAUGCAUUAUUCAUUCAUAGGUCACUGUCUGAUUCCUUUAUUUUGCUGCAUCGCGGGGGAAGUGAGAUGAAUGCAUACAGUUUGAUUCAGAACCUAAGCUAUUCUUCAUUGUUCCUGCAGGGAAACUCAUUGUGCAGCCAGGAGUACAUAAGACACAGACACAUAAAACAAUUUCCCAAGUAAUACUCUACUCUCUACUGUCUACUCUACUCAAACAAGUAAAAAAAUAAAAUUGGAUGGAUGCUAUUUUCUGUUUGUGCCAACUAAGCUGGUUAUGGAAUUUCACCCAAUUGUAUGCUGUAUGACUUAUGUUGCAUAACAAGAUUUCUGAAUGGUACAUACUGUAUGUAGAUGUAUGUUUACUUGUGAUAUCCCAUAGUGAACUAGUAGGUGCUUUCUCAUUGAGGCCCAGUCAUUGCGGUGGGGUUUCAUACAGGUACAGAUACAGCUAUGUGUUGUUCCAGCUAUGAGCCGUAGAGAGAGGCCCCACGCCAGUCUGCUCCUUAAUAACAAAGUGAUGAAUGAGUGAUUUAGAUCUCACGGCUGGAAAUGCCAGGAAUCACUGUCAACAUGUUGUUGAAGAACACAAUGUUCUUUAACACCAUAACUGCCAUAGGCCAACGGCCAGUGACGUUUGAUUUUGUAAAUAAAAUAAAUUGGACCCCUAAAAAAAGCUACCUCCUGCUCCUUCCCUGAUUUUACAAAAUGUUUGUAUUUUUGCAUUGCUCAUUUCUCAGAAUUUUUUUAUCACAAACUAAAAUUAUAUAACCUUUAAACUGUUUUUCACACCUAUUCCCAACUUAACCCACCAAGACAAUGUGCUGUAGGACGUUGGUACCCAGCCAGGCGCUAAUGCGUCUCUCUCUCCUCACUGAAUGAAUGACAAAUGGAUGAAUGGGUGAUAAUUGUGCACUUUACUUCAAAAUUGAAUUCAAAUUAGGCCUAACUGAAUGAUAAGGAAGGUGAAGAGCGUUGAUUUAAUUUAGAAAGACAAUAGUGUAAUGAUGAGUUUGUGUUAUGCCUAUUUAUCAGCUUUGGCGCUCAUGUUUAUAGCAAAUAAUUUGAAUGCGCGCCUUGCGGGUUGAUAUAUCAUUCUCUUUUAUGUUUUACUUUGUAAAAAUAAGCUGUUACUGUUUUAUUUACUAUAACUCUAUUACUAAUCAAAUGUAUUGUAAGGGAAACGAAAACAUGCUGUUGCAGUAGGCCUUUAGAAUAAUGCAAAACAUAUCCCUAACUCUAUCCGAAUUGAGUAGCAAGGGGAAACAAACGAUGCCAGUCAGCCUGCGCAGCCGGCCCAUUGAAACUACACCGAAACUAAUUUCACACAUAAUAAGAGUUAUCCUAAAGACAAGAUUAAAUUGACAAUAGUCUGAGUGACAAUAUUAUCAGUUGUCAAAUUGUACAUGAAGAGAUGGGCACAGCUUGGAAUUGACAGAUGCAGGGAAAGGAGUAUCACUUUAUCAAAUCCUCCUUCAGUCACAUGCAGGUAAAUCGUUUUGAUUUCUAUAUAGUAUCAGAAAGGGCAUAUUCUGCAGUUUCUAUGACACUUACCUUACCAUACAUAUUUCCAAAUAACAUAAUACUAGUACUAGUAACAUAAUAAACAAAUAAAGAAAAAUUAGACAUUUUCUUAUUACCACAAUGUUUCUUUAGACCUGCCAAAACGAAAUGAUAACGAUUUCUUUGUGAUGGAUUUAAAUCUUGAACUAGUGUUUUUUUCAUUUUUAUUUAUAGACUAGGGUAACAUAAGCUAAUAAAAAUGUUAUUUGAAAUACGUUUUUUUGUAUUCUAAUAUUACGACCUUCAUAAACACAACCAAAUUAUUAUUCUGCCGAUAGCAUAUAUGAAAUGUAUUUAUUAGACUGUUAGAAUGUUGAUGCGUCAUUGGCUGAAAGGAGGGUCCAUCAAGGCUAGGUGUUCUCUAGCGGUUACUUAUAUGCUGAAAGGCCCGACGGUUCUAAUGUUAACUCUACCUACUCGUGACCUGGCGUUGGUCUAGUGGCAAUGGUUAGCGUCACCGCCUUCAGCAUAUGACAUAAUAAUAUGCCAUAAUUUAUCCAAAGCGACUUACAGUCAUGCGUGCAUACAUUUUUGUGUAUGGGUGGUCCCGGGGAUCGAACCCACUACCUUGGCGUUACAAGCGUUACAAGCGCCGUGCUCUACCAGCUGAGCUACAGAGGACCACAUGUACGACAAUGUCCGCGUGGGAUCGAAUCCCAGUCCCACCGCUAUUCUGAUACACGCUUGAGUUUAGAUUUCUUUCUGUUUCUUUCUCUCUCUGUCUUGCUCGCUCGCUCUGUCUCUCUUUUUCUCUCUGUCUCUCACUCCUUCCGUCUGACCAUGACGCUCUCAUUCUAUGCGUUUCAGGACUUGGUGUCUCUCUUUAACUUCCACAACUAUGACAACCUGAGGCACUUUGCCAAGAAGCACGAUCCUCGCAGGGAGGGAGGCGACCAGAGGGUGAGUACACGCAGUCCCAACCAUCCCCUCCACACACACCUUUACACAAGCACACACACGCACACAGACCCACCCCUCUUCCAUUGUUACCACACCCUCCCAGAACAACAGAAUGUGCCUGAUAUAAUGGUGCUAAAUUGUCUGUAGCCGAGUAUCUAAGGGUUGCUAAUGAGAGUUCCUAAAGAAAGAUUGUUGCCCUAGUUAUUUAGAUAGCUACAGUACACUCUAAUGUAUUGACAUUUGGAUUAUGUUUGUGGAUGUUUGAUAAUUGUAUAUAUAUUUUGGGGAAUUUACUUGUUAAUCUGGUUUGCCCUUUUGAAGGGGAUUGUCAUUUAAUUUAGUUUAAUCUCAAGGUUUUCAGUAAGCUUUGGCAUGCUUGGUAAAAAAUAAUAAUAAUUAAAGGUUAGGAUUGAUUUUGAAAUAUCCUUUCCUUUUGAUCUAAAAAUAGUGUUUUAAUCAGAGUGUGUUUAGAGGUAAGGGGCAUCUCUGUCAGAGCAAACCUGACACACACACAUGCCAAACAGUCAUAGACACAAUAAAGAAAGGCCUACACAUAGUCCAUUACAUAGUUACAAAACUUAACACAUUACCAACCACGCAUAGAUAGUCAGUCAGUCACACACACACACACACACACACACACGUAGAGCAGCCGCACUCGUGGCAUGUGCUGGCAGACCCGACUAAUCUGUUAUCCCAUGUUGCUUGAAACAGCAGUUUACCUUCGGACCCAUGGAUUACGAGAGCCUUCAGCAAGAGCUAGCUCUCAAAGACUCUCUGUGGAAAAAGGUGGUGCCCACUGAGUGCCACGAGGACAGCUCCACCACUGUAGUCUAUAGGAUGGAGAGUGUCGGGGAGCGCAACUAGGACCCCCUCUCUCCUCCCACCUCCUGUCUCCUUUCUACGCCCAUAUAUGACUUCAUAUAUUUAUAUAUAUUAUCAAGAGGAUUAUUUAUUUCUAUGAGGUUGUUUUUUUGUUUGGCGGAUUGUAAAACAUAAUGUAAUGUCACAUUAUGUACUGGUGAUGAAUGAUAAUUGAUCCUACCUGAGUUACUCUACCUUUUUUUUUUCUGUGUGUCCUUGUGUGUUUUUGGGGGUCCUGCAGAGCCGAGGGAAGCCCUUCCGGCUGCCUGUCUAGAAUGUCGGACUUUAGGGGCCUGAAGGGAUUGCCUGGCUCAGAUUAAGGCUUUGCAUGUAGACUUGAUUCGUCAUUGCAUGUGUACUUCAAUAUCUACUGACAGGUUUGAGUUCCUGAAUCUGUCAAACAUGCCAGUGUGGGUAUUAGGCACAAUGUAAUGUGUUUGUUAACCAAAGCGAGGGAGGUUUUCUCAAACCAAAAGCCAAGGGAGGAUGUGGAGUGUUGUGAUUUGAAGUGUUUUGACACAUAGAAAUGUAAUGUAUCUCAUGAUAUUUCUAUGCGUUGACAGGCUCUUAAGGUUACUACAAGCUCAACUCAGUUGAUCUGCGUGCGUGCACAUGGGUGAAGUGGGAUUUUUGGAGUAGCGGACACCUUUUGGUAACAGGAUAUCCUUGCCGGUCCCACUCCCAUUUUUUAUUUUGGUCUUACAUUUCUUUGAAAACAAGGAAGAGUAGCCUUCCCUUGCUAAUAGUAAGUAGCUAGCUGGCAGCCUGGCUAUCUGGCUUUAGCCUGGCUAAAAACAUAGCAGGCUAGCUAGUCUUUUUAGCUUCCCACAUCUCCAUGUGAAAUAAUCAGAUUUAUAAUUUAGAAAUAGGCCCUGGCAAAUAUUCUUAUACUUGCUGGUGUAACCGAAAACAUUAUCCCAGUUUGAUAUGCUGUUUGUGUAUUAAUUCUCAUAUCAGUUAAAAAUAGAACGUCAACAUGUUUUGGUCAUGGAGUAAAAAAGCACAUGGCUAGCUAGUUGGCUACAGCAGGUUCUACCAUUUCACAAUAGCCUGGAAUCACUAGUUAUUUUUUCUAAACAAAAUACCUUUUUGGGUGGAUUCUUGUUUGGUUUACUUUUUGAACAGUCGCUGAGAUUAUAUUUGGUUAUCAAUGCAAAAUAGGCUACUUUGAUGAAUAGCCUAUAUAGCCUACAUAUCAGAUCAAGGAACCAAGCAAUAAUACUGCCCCCACGGCUGCGGAGGUAAUGAUACUGCGUGUCUCUUCAGGUAGUAAAACAGUAUGUGGAACUCCAGAGCGUAUUACAAGGAGCUGCCCCUUUUGUGAUGAAAAACGACAUUGCAACACCGAUAUUUGCAUCUGCGUAGAGCUUGUAGUAAGCUUUAGAAGAGCAAACUAUGAGAUUAUAAUAAGGCACUUAUCAGGCGUGACACUGAGACUAUAUCAGUCGGACCAUUCUAACUUGCAUACAGGCCCUUUACCUUUCACAUACCAGCAACGUUGUCAGUGUCAGCAUCUCACACGAGUUGAUUCUCAACUGCUGUUGAGUGGACCGUAGCUUUUCAUCAAGGUCGUAAAAGGUGAUGCAUUCAACCCCCUUCUGUGUGUGUGUGUGUGUGUGUGUGUGUGUGUGUGUGUGUAUUUGAGUGGUCCAUGCACGUGUGUGUACCGUGUUGAUCUAAGCUGUGACGCAUGCCGAGGGGACAUUGACCCUGGCUGUGACAGACAGACCGACAGACACCCCACAAGCCGUUAGUUUUCAUGACAUAGCCUAGUAGAAUCCUGCUGGAUCUAUUCCAUAGGCAGUUGCAGUAUGUAUAUGUCAGAUGGCAUAUCAUGGUUAUAUAGGUCAUACGUGUAUAUAUAUUGUACAAGUCAGUAUACCAUUGAGAUAAAGUGUGAUCACACAUUGUUACCAAUUAUAUUUAAUCCGUAUUAUUACUGUCAAUAACGCUUAGCUACCCUUAAAGUCAAAGGGUAAACCAGUUAUCUUAUCUAUACUGUAGCUUAAGAAUGCAUCAUAUUUAUUUCCAUAUGUACUGUAUCUAUAGUUUUGCCAUAGACUGUAUUGUUUGCCUGACAUGCUGUGUGUGUGUGUGUGUGUGUGUGUGUGUGUGUGUGUGUUUUGGGGGAUUGUUAUCUUGCAGUAAGCUUGACGAAACUCAACAGCAGCUCAGAACGGCAAGGGAAUCAACUUAUUUCACAAACGUUCAUAAUUUGGCCACAUUUGCACAUGUCAGCCAAGGCCUUGGGUGUCCUGCUGCUGGGGUUGUUGUUUUUCUUUCAAUGUUUUUAUCCAAUCAUGCUUGAAACUGAACUGUUGAAUGGGUAUACGCUUCAGUAGCCCUAUGUUACCCGUGAAUGUGCUCUUCUUCUUGUGGGUCCAUAUAAGUCUAUGGGGCCCAUACCGGCCAAGGUUGGGGUCAAUUUGAAUUGAAGUCAAUUCAGGAAGGGAUUUAAAUGUAAAAUUCAUAAAUGGAAAUAUAUAUAUAUAUAUAUAUAUAUAUAUAUAUAUAUAUAUAUAUAUAUAUAUAUAUAUAUAGCUUCUCCCUUUGUUUGUUGACAAGUUACUGAACAUAGAUGACCUGUUUUCAAUUAUUUAAUUGGAAUGUAUUAAUUUAAUUGGAAUUCCUGAAUUGACUGACUUGACUCCACCCUGUCCCAUAUACUUUUAGUUAGCUUUUAGCUUAAUUUAGCAUCAGAAUUUUAGUUAAAAGAUCUAUUUGUUGUUUUGUCAUGUCUAUAUGCUUGGACUUCAGUUAUAAUUGUGAUUUGGAACUAGAACUACUAUUUCACUGAGGAUGUUUGUUUUUUAAGUGUAGGCCUUUGAGAUUUUGUCAGUCAGUGUGCGGUGCAAAGCUUUCACAAGCCUCUGUCACUGUGGAGGGAAGCUAGCCUAGCAGCUAACGUUAACCUGCUUGCUAAUGCUAAUUUACCCAAUAAUCAGUCCUGUUAAAUUAAUCCUAUUUAUUUGUACUGGAAUUGUAUCUUUUCUUUCUGCUACUUGUGUUUUCUGAAACACGUUUGAGUGGGUUUUCUACAGUCUUGCCCAUGUUGACAUAAUAUGGAGAAUGCAGGGGCUGAAAGCCUGCAGGACUCACACGCCUCAACUAUAGACGAGUUUCACUCACUACUGCAAUUUGGAGUUAGGUUGACGUUAGAGGCUACAGGAGGAAGUUAUGUGGCUUACUUGAACUCUAAGGGAAUGUGAACCUUUCUAUGUUCCAGCAAAAUGUGACAAAUAACCCCAAUCAAAUUUUACACACGUUUUUUUUAAUGCCGUACCAGUAUUUUCAUUAAAAUGUAUGAUUUUUAUGAUUUCACACCAACAUGUUUGUAAUGUUUCCGGCAAUGUCAUUAUUUUACUAUUUCUGUUUUUGUUUCAAAUGGUCCUUCUGGCAUGCAUAUUUUUGUAUGAUUUAAUAAAUGUGUUUGAAUCCCACCUUGAUAUUUUAAAGUUCAUUUUAGUGUGUUUUUUUUUUUUUUCAGUUUUUCUGUUUUUUCUGUUUUCUGUGCCUUGGCGAAAACAACUAUAGCCCUCCAAGUCUAAAAUGCUAUACACACCAGCAGUCUACAGUUUUAACUUAUUGAGAGUGUAUAUCAUUGCAUUUAACAUUAAAACUGCUCUUGAACUCUUCAGAUCUUUACCGAAUCUAACUGGAAUGUUGAUUUAUCACUCUAACUCAAACUGGUUUUGGUGUCUUGGACAAAAAAGGGAGUUGCGUUAUCCUCAUAGUAAAGACACUGCCUCAUGGUUUGGAUGAAAACACUAGGUUUUUGUCUUGUUUUGGGGGGGAAAGCAAUACUUAGCUCUACUGCUAUCUGUAUAGAGGCCUGUAUUGCAAAUACAAGCAAAGAGCUUCAGUAGUUGUAAUGCUAGAAGUGUGUUGCAAUGACAGGUGAAGUGCUUGUUGAAAUCGUGUUGCCUUGCUGCCCCAUGUUAUAAACCAAUAAAGUACUAUAACCAAUGAAUACCUGUUUGUCAAAUUACCACAACUGAAACUAAGUGUUUUAUUGGUUAACAGGAGAUUUUGGGAUAGCACUUUAUGAUAUUGUUUCCACUGGUAUUCAUUUACUAGGAAAUUGUGUGGUAUCAAUUGGUACUUUUUUUAUACUUACUUUCAAAACAAUUGGUAAUUUCGUAUCUGGUUGGUACUAAAACGGUGCCUAGUGGUUUUAAUGAAUCCUAAACAAUCUGCAACAAUCAGUAAUUUAAAGUUAACUAGUUGGUUAUUAUUGUGUAAUUACCAUUUUACCAUAUAAUUCCCAAGUAAAUACCUGGUCAUGUCUGUGUGAUAAAUACUUUGAAAGUGCAGUUUUUGUGGCUAGGUUUGACUCUUCUGGUCACAGUUCAACCUGAGCAGGUAAAAGAGAGGUGAGGGGGUGGGUGAUUUGGGGAGGGUUCUUGUGUGGUAUGCAAUGCACCCUUUCACCCCUGAGAUCAGAGUUAAUGGAACCAAUCAGAAGAGACCCCCAGAAUGCAUUGUGCUUGAUCUGUGUGAGUUUGGUCUGUAUGCUCGCCCUCCGGUCAUUGUUCUGAACCAGUUUGUACUUGGUGAGUUGAGUGAAGUCAAGUGUGCUCUCGUUGCUGGCAACUGUGUUCCUUGCUGUACUAUGUCUGUCUGUAUAGUAUGGUUAUUGUAUUGUAUUUCUGUUGUAGCCAUUCUUUUUCAGCCUGUCAAGGAACAUCCAUCACACUCAUAACAAACCUGAUUGAAAAGUCACUUUCGGCUUCAGGGUGAUAAGGGGGUAAUAACUGUCAAAGUAGUUUUAAGUUAUUUAGUAAUAAGUCAAAAGUAGCCUCUUUUGAGCCAGUUCUGUUUUAAUAUGUUAAAUUGUAUACACUUUUGUAUACAUUGUAGCCAUUUUUGUAUGGGAAUGUGCUGGACUACCCUUGACAUGCUGUGCUCGCUUGUUGUGUGUUGCAGUGUGAUCUCACCUACAGUGACCUGUGUCUGUGCAGGGCUGGGCUAACAUAGGCCAGAUUGGAUUCAAACACACAUUAUAAUACCUGUGUGGGGUAGAUGUAGUCACGCAAUUCUAUUUCUAUGGUGGUGGCAAUUUUGGUCACACGCCAAUGGUGUUAUAUUUCCCCUAUUGGCACGAUGCUCAGACGAUAGGGCGUGUCUAAGUGACUCUUGACCUCUUAAUGGUCAAAAUAAUCGGUCUGAAACACCUCCCUGGCCCCAUAUGAACAGUGUGGUUCAGAUAUUCUCUGCCUCACAUUGGGUGUGUAUACAUUUGUGUUUAUAUCAAAACUAGCCUACAUAGCCCAUGUUUGUUGAUGACUGUGGGUUAGAAAAGGUUGCUACCUUUUUGUGGUAAAUAAUGCAAGUGACUUCAAUGGCUAAUUUCUCUGAAAGGGGGAAAAAACAUUAGAUUCACAGGAACACAUCACAUAGGAUGAAGAAGCAAUACUUCAAGCCGCAGCGCCAUACUACUUGUCAGACAUAGAGAACUGAUACUGUAUUCUGGUUGUUGGGGUGGGAUUUGUGUGCGGGGUCUGUGGCUGGCUUUUGACCAUUUUAUUGGAUUCCUCAUGUCUUACUCAAUAGUAGGAAGAAGUUGGGUCCAAAUCGAAUGUUGGUUACUAUAUUUAUUGAAUAUUAUAUGAAUCCUAUCAAUUAAAAGGGCCAAAGUGGGUGCAAUCAAUUAGCUUAAUUUCUCAGAUCAAAUUCCAUUUUAAGAAAAUGAUGUUGCAGCAAUGUACAUUUUAGCUGCUUCUAACUACAGAAACGAUUUCAGAACAAUCUGAGACGAUGGGUGUCAUGGCUUGCUGAAAUGACAUGGAACGACUGCUUUGCUCGCUGCUGUUCUGUUCAUUUCCGUAUGUUCUACUGCUACCUCAUUUCUUAUGUUAUUUUCUGAUCUAACUAGUUAUUGUCUGCUACUAAGUUGUGUGACACUGAUCUGCUAAAUGCCUGUGCUCUACUCUAUUCUACUUUGUUCAGUUCUGCUAACUAUGCUACUUACGGCUAUGCUGAGUUUUGCCCUGCUUUAUUCUGUUCUGAUUGGUGUUCUACUGUGAUGUGGAGCUCCUUUAUAUUCUGUUCUGUUUCGGGCAGUUGUGUCUCUGCAUUCUGCAGCCUCAUCAAAAUGCAUCUGAGAUGUUACAGAAAUACUGCACAACAUCCUCCCCAAGCUAAAAAAAACUAAAUUGGUAAUAACUCCAUAUUGCCAUUAACUAAUAAUGCAUUAAUUGAUUGUUUUACUGGUUUGUUGUGAAUGUGAAGCAAGGGUUUUAUGCUUUUGAUACCCCAGCACUGUUUACUGUUUUUAUUUUAUUUAAUUCACUCAUUUAAUUCACUCCAAUACAGUUGAGUAUCUAAAGCAUCUAAUUCCGAUCCAAACAGUGGUUCACAUAAUUAGACUUUGAAGUUUUGAUGCUCUACCCACUACCACCACCACCCAAAUGGAAAAACAAGAGACAAUUUACUGAAGGCAAUGUCACUAUGCCUUCAGUAAUGUUUCAGCACCCUCUUGUGGUUGAUUAUCUGAUUAUAUUAGAGAACGUUACUGCAGACCCAUAGCCUGCAAUGCAGCAGAAAAGCCACACAUAGUCUGCUAAAGCUUCAAGUUAGUAAACGGACCACAAGAUAAUUAUUUCUCCAAUCAACUCUUUAGAAAACACUGCCAGAAUCCAACCAUAGUAUCUGGUCUGUAGUCAAAGCUGGUAGCUCCUCAAACAUGACUCAAGGCUCCUUAAGAAGUAUUUUAUUGACUGGGUGGCAGAAUAGAGGACCUUGGCUAAUAAAGCUGUCAAUAUCCCCUGUAGCCUACAGCUCGAGCCAGGACUCCGGUCACGGUUUGCCUGGGGCUGGAGUUUACUCACUCUUAACUCCUAAAUCUUCUAAUACAGGUAGCUUAGUGGUUUAGAGCAUUGUGCCAGUAACCGAAAGGUUGCUGGUUCUAAUCCCCGAGCCGACUAGGUAAAACAUCUGCCGAUGUGCCCUUGAGCAAGGCACUUAACCCUAAUUGCUCCUGUAAGUCGCUCUGGAUAAGAGUGUCUGCUAAAUGACUAAAAUGUAAUACACUCACUACUAGCUAUUGGUCUUACUAACUGCUCACAGUGGUCUCACUGCACACAAAUGGUUAGUAGAACAUUUUUUUCAUUGAUAUUUUUUGGGAUGAUAUUUUGACAACAAUAAAGUCAACAGGUCAUAUGAUAGUUUUUAAUGUGUUAUUAUACGGCUAAUGAUAUAGGAUGUAGCCUUUUUUCAUGCUGCAAUUUUUCUCAAGACUGAAUAGAUGCUAUUCAGUCAAAGUCAUUGAGAGAUGCUUAGACAUUAUUAUAAGGGGUUAAUAAGUACUUCUGGCAAGUCUUACAAUGCAUAACAUUCUACAUAAUUAAAGUAAUACUGCCAUUGCUUUUGUAAGGAGUUGAUUGGGAUCUAGAAGUCCUGAUUGAUAUGUUUGGCAGACUCCGCUUCUCUUUUAGCUGGUGAAGGACUGUGGUAGGGUACAUAUCCCCACACCCCCUGCCUGUGUGUGUUUGCCAGUUUCCACAAACUGCUUUCCUCUUUCUCUCCAGGUCAAGUCUGUCAUCAAUCUCCUGUUUGCCGCCUACACCGGAGACGUCUCAGCACUAAGGAGGUACAGUACACAGCUCUCUUACACACAGAUUACACACACUGACAAACACACAUUGACACAAAAUAAAAAUGACUGUUUUUAAAUUAUGUUCAAUUCAUUAUACUUGAGGAAUUAUACAUUUGUUCCUAAUGAUCAAUCUGCUUUUGUAUCUCUGAAUGACUUCUGUCUUCCGUCUCUGUGACACUGCUGACCUUUCUGUCUGUGUGUGUGCAGGUUUGCCCUGUCCUCCAUGGACAUGGAGCAGAGGGACUAUGACUCCAGGACGGCUCUACAUGUGGCAGCAGCAGAAGGUGCGUCUCACAGCCUUCUUUUCCUGUCACACACAGGGACAGAUUGUGUGUGUAUGUCUGGGUCCUCUGGGAGUGAUUGGCAGACUCGGCCCCCUCUGUGUCGUAGGAGUUAAUUUGCUGUCCCUCGGCAGCUGCACUGCGUAGUGUGUGACGUCUUUGCUGCAGUGUGUGAGAGAGGAAGUGCGUAGGAGUGUGUGUGUGUUUGUUUCUCACGUAUCUCCGCCAUCUGCUCUACUUUCAGGACAUGCAGAGGUGGUGCGCUUCCUCUUGGAGGCGUGCAAGGUGAACCCUGUUCCCAGGGAUAGGUAAGCCCACAGAAACUUUGUCUGUCUGUCUUGUGUGUGUGUUUUGGGUGGGUAGGUGUGUUUAGGGUGGAUGAGAGACAGUAUCAUAUAGUUGAGUGAGAGUAAGCGUCUGCAAUGUACAGUCUAGAAUACAAUGUACACGUUUGUACCCUUUCAUUUUCACAACUGAAAACUCAUGUUAGCUCCCAGAACUAUGCCUUUGUAGGCCAGUCUAACCCCAGUCAGUCACGCUCAUUAUCUUCCCUGUAGGUGGGACAACACUCCAAUGGAAGAGGCCUUGCACUUUGGCCAUCACGACGUGGUCACCAUCCUCCAGGACUAUCAAAACAAGUACAACCCACAAGAGGCCUCCAAGAAGGUCAAGGAGACAACGGAGAACAACCUGGAUGGCCUGCUGUAG